AUGGGUUGCGUCGCAAGUACAGGAAACUAUGAGAACGAGGAUGAUCCCUUCAUUCAAAAUAAAAGGGCAAAUGAUCUCAUUGAGCAAAAUUUACAGCAGGAAAGGAAUAAGAAUAAGAAUGAGGUGAAGCUCCUUCUAUUAGGAGCAGGAGAAAGCGGUAAAUCAACAGUGUUGAAACAAAUGAAACUCCUACACCAAGGCGGAUUUACCCAUAGAGAACGAAUGCAAUAUGGACAAGUCAUCUGGGCAGAUGCAAUUGAGUCGAUGAGAACGCUAAUCUUACAAGCAGGCAAGUUGGGCAUCGAAUUGGAUAGUGAUUUGAAAAAUGCACAUUCGGGGCAAUUGGUGAAUACGGAAUUACACCAAUGCAAAGAGAAGAUCUUCCGUGCUAACACAUUGGACCAGAUUGAUGCCAGAAUGGCGGGUGGUUCAGAGUUCCUAAACGAGUAUGUGUUGAAAUAUAAUGGCAUAGGAUCUAAGAAGAAGAGGCAAACCACGCUUGGAUUCAAGGAAUCAAAUGGUGCUGAUCCUGAAGAAGAGGAUGAGACAGACGCUUUCUUGAGUGAAAAAUUAGCCGGGACAAGUUAUACUGGUUCCUCGGAGACUUCAGAGUUGAAACGUAUAGACCAAAGUACCAACGAAGAAAUUGCCUAUGCAAUCAAAAAGCUUUGGACGCAGGACAAGGGGAUCAGACAAUGUUUCAAUAGGUCAAGUGAAUUUCAAUUGGAAGGAUCUGCAUCGUAUUAUUUUGAUAACAUUGAAAAAUUCGCUCGAGUUGAUUAUGUUUGUGAUGACAUGGACAUUUUGAAAGGAAGAAUUAAGACCACUGGGAUCACCGAAAACAGUUUCAAGAUUGGACCAAGCACGUUCAAAGUUUACGAUGCUGGGGGACAACGAAGCGAGAGAAGAAAAUGGAUCCAUUGUUUCGAAGGUAUUACUGCUGUGGUAUUUGUAAUAGCAAUUAGUGAAUAUGAUCAAAUGUUAUUCGAAGAUGAAAGGGUGAACCGUAUGCACGAAUCGAUAGUAUUAUUAGAUACACUAUUGAAUUCUAGAUGGUUUGCCAACACACCUUUCAUACUAUUCUUAAACAAAGUAGAUAUUUUCCAAGAAAAGGUGAAGAGAUCUCCAAUCAGAACAUGGUUCCCCAAUUAUCCAGGGAAACUGGGUGAUAGCGAGACUGGACUGAAAUAUUUCGAAUCAUUAUUCUUAAGCUUGAACAGAAGUAACAAGCCCAUCUACGUACAUCGAACUUGUGCAACCGAUACACAAUCAAUGAGAUUCGUUCUAGGUGCCGUGACAGAUUUAGUAAUUCAACAAAACCUAAAAAAGAGCGGCAUCUUAUAA